AUGACCCAUACAGAAGGCGCUAACUCAGGCGCAGCCGGAAACCAAAGCACACCCAUGCUUAACCCAGAAGGAGAGAGAGUUGGUAUAGUGAUAGACCCGAUUACGCAAGAGAAGAAAUCAAGUGCUCCGCGUGAAGGAUAUAAACAACACGAGAGUGAGGAAGCAUCACCCACUCAGCCCUCCCUCAAGGAGAUGCAAAAAGAAUUGGAAGAGCAUGUACGAAGGGAGCGAGAGCUGAAAAAACUCAUGAAGAUGGCCAUCGCGGGAAAAAACGUCAAAGAAACAACACAAGACGUGGAAGAAGAAGUAGAAGACGAACCAAUGACUAUGACGCAAGAGGCGAUUGCAAGAUACCUAGAAGCGAAUUACAGAAUUGUGAAACAAGAAAAUUACAACUUCAUGGCGAGCCCUUACUCCUCAGAAAUAAUAGAAUACCAUUACCCGGAGGAUUAUACUUCACAGAAAUUCAAAGUCUACAAUGGCCAAGGUAACGCGAGAGAACACCUAAGUCGAUUCCUGUCUACAAUGAACGAUCGCGCGGCAGAUGGAAAGCUAUGUCUGAGAGAGUUUCCAAAGUCAUUGACUGAUAUGGAAUUCACCUGGUACGACAAUAUCAAACCAGGAAGUGUACAUUCAUGGUCCGCCAUUUCGACACUUUUCCUCAGGAAGUUCUAUUCAGCAAAAAGGAAGGUCACAACCAUAGACUUGAGCAAGUGA